AUAGUAAAUAGAUAUUUUGAUAUGCUUUCUCCUUUUUGUGCUCGCUCCGUCGCUCGGGCCAAGUAGUCCAUACCAUUUGCUUAUUAUAUCACUCUUCGUAGACUUAAACCUUCAAAUUAAUUUCAGAGUACGAAGUUUCCCGUAGCAACGAAAAUGGAGUCGUGUCCGUCCAUAAAGAAUAUUCUCCUCCUGGAUUCUGAAGGGAAACGUGUGGCUGUCAAGUAUUACUCGGGUGACUGGCCGACCAAUGCCGCAAAGGAAGCUUUUGAGAAAGCUGUAUUUACUAAGACCCAAAAGACCAAUGCUCGGACUGAAGCGGAGAUAGCUAUGUUGGAAAACAACAUUAUUGUUUACAAGUUCGUUCAAGACCUUCACUUUUUUGUUACUGGAGGUGAAGAUGAAAAUGAGCUGAUCUUGGCCACAGUUCUUCAGGGAUUUUUUGAUGCAGUUGGCCUUCUCCUAAGAGGGAAUGUGGACAAGAAGGAGGCUCUUGAGAACUUAGAUCUCAUUUUGUUAUGCCUUGAUGAAAUUGUUGACGGCGGUAUUAUUCUUGAAACUGAUGCAAAUGUUAUUGCGGGGAAGGUUGCAAGUCAUAGUAUGGAUGCUGGAGCUCCUUUAUCUGAGCAGACGAUUAGUCAAGCAUUGGCCACUGCUCGUGAACAUAUAACAAGAUCCCUUCUUAAAUGAGAGAGCGGAGACUUAUUCUUGCAAUUCUCAAGUUUUACUAUACUUAUGUACUGGGUUUCUAGGCAUCAGAUUUGUUUUAGUGUUGCUUUCUUAAAAUCGGGUGGAUGAUGUAGCUAUUUGUGCUGUCAAGAGUGCCAGCAAUUCUCCUUGCAGUCAUCACAGAAUUGCUGGCUUUUCACAUUUGAAUGUUUUUGUCAUAUAAACUUCUAUUGAUUUGAACAUUAAACACAGAGAACAGUGCUGAUUAUCCGAGGAAUUAAAAAUGGUUUUUAGAA